AUGGGGACUCAUCGUAGGAAUUAUUCAGACGAUGAAUUUUCAGUUGCUGGCGAGAAGCCUGAAGUAGAAUUCAUGGACUUCCAGAAUGAUGACACUUUUCAGGAUUAUUCAUCUGAAGAUGCCCCUGUGCUUGUCUCAGCUCCUUUCCCUUUCAAGGAUGGAAAACCAAAAUCUGUACUUGUUGGAGAAACAUCGGCUGAUACCAUUCAGAUUGAGAAUACCUCUCCUGAAUCUGUAAAUUUGUGGAGUGUAAGAAUUUUCUCUUCGAACCCAGAAGACAGCUAUGUGUUAUCAAUGAUGAGACCCCCGUCAAAUGAUGCUAAUGAGGAGGAAAAGCAGGCUUUUCUUGCUUUGACAUCCGUGGAAGACCGUACACUUCUGCCUGGACAAACCCUUACAGUUUGGCUGUCUUGUACGCCAAAAGAUAUUGGUUUGCAUACAUCAAUCGUGCAUGUUGAUAUCGGUGAUGAGAAGAUUGAGCGUGUGGCUUUUCUUUUGGCAGAUGACAAUGUCUCCAAGGCCUUAUUUUCUGAUAAGCCUUAUUCCAGGAGACGUGGUCAAGUUAAGAAAUUUGAGCCUUCACCAUAUGUGCCAGGUUGCCGUCCAACUCAGCAGCACACUCAAGGAUUCAAACAUAAGCUUCGUCAGUAUGCAAUACCUGCACACAUCCGCGAGCUUAUUGAAAGUAAACAGAAACCUGAUGUCCUAUAUGAUGAGUUGAGCAUGAUGAACUAUGCAGAAUUUUUUAGCGCUCUUAUAGUCAUGGAAGAACUCAAUAUGGAGGAGGAGAUGAGAACAUAUGACAUGGAGGGUAUCUUAAUGAGACGGAGGGGUAUGAACUUUUUGUCUCUUGAGGUCCCUGGUUUGGCAGAAAAAAGGCCAUCACUAGUCCAAGGAGACUUCAUAGUUGCUAGAUAUGCUGGGAAUGAUGCUCGGCCUUACCAAGGUUUCAUUCAUAAGGUUGAAGCUGAUGAGAUAUUUUUACAAUUUGACCAUCAGUUCCACAUGAAUCACCGUCACAGAAACCAGUACCACGUCAGCUUCACAUAUAACAGAGUGAGCAUGAGAAGGCUUUACAAAUCGAUUGAUGAUGCAAAACAUUUGGGACCUGGCAUUUUGUUUCCCCGCCAAUCACCUUAUAGAGUUUUGAAAAGGUGGCCAUUUAAGCCUCUGAAUCCACAUAUAAAUACUGAGCAAGCUGAUGCUGUUGCAAUGAUACUUGCCUGCAGAGGAGUUCCACCAUAUGUGGUAUAUGGACCUCCAGGAACUGGCAAGACCAUGACCAUUGUAGAGGCCAUUUUGCAGCUUUAUACGGGCAAGAAGAGGGCAAAUAUUCUCAUUUGUGCUGCUUCCAAUACUGCAGCUGAUCAUGUACUGGAAAAGCUCCUUCAAGCUAGCUAUCUGAUCCGUCCAAGUGAUAUCUUUAGGCUAAAUGCUCAGAGCCGUCAAUACGAGGAUGUCAAUACUGAUUUUAUCAAGUUUUGCUUCUUUCAAGAUCGGGUGUUCAAGUGCCCUCCGUUAAAAGCAUUGGUGCAGUACAGGAUAGUUAUAUCGACCUAUACGAGUUCAUAUCUGCUGCAGGCUGAGGGCAUUCGCCAAGGGCAUUUCACACACAUUUUCUUGGAUGAGGCUGGUCAAGCCUCUGAACCAGAGGCAAUGGUUCCUUUGUCAGGGCUGUGUGGAAGAGACACUGUGGUUGUGUUAGCUGGAGAUCCAAAGCAAUUAGGGCCAGUGGUUUAUUGUAAGCAAGCGGAGAAGGAUGGUCUGGGGAGAUCAUAUCUGGAAAGGCUGCUUACUGACUUCGAGCAGUACCAAACAGGGAAUCCUAAUUAUGUGACAAAGCUGUUGAGGAAUUAUCGGUGCCAUCCUGCAAUCCUAGAGCUACCAUCAGAGCUUUUCUAUGAGGGUGAAUUGAUUGCCUGUAAAGAAGGAGAACCAUCUGCUUAUGAUUGCAUUGGCCUUCCUAACAAGUCCUUCCCUGUUCUUUUUGUCGGAAUUCAAGGAUGCGAUGAGAGGGAAGGCACCAAUCCAUCAUGGUUCAACAGGAUUGAAGUUAGUAAAGUAGUAUCUAUCAUCAGGAACCUGACAAGGGGUGGGGAUGUUCAUGAAUCUGAUAUAGGAGUAAUCACUCCAUAUCGUCAGCAAGUUGCCAAGAUAAAGAAAGCCCUAGAGGCAUUAGAAAUACCCGACUUGAAAGUCGGAAGCGUCGAACAAUUCCAGGGCCAAGAGAGGGAAGUGAUAAUCAUCUCUACAGUCAGGUCGACUGUAAAGCAUAACGAGUUUGACAAAUUUUUUAACCUGGGAUUCUUGAGCAACCACAAAAGGUUCAAUGUUGCUAUCACUCGCGCAAAGUCAUUGCUCAUCAUCAUCGGAAACCCUUACAUUAUCACCAAGGACCGUCACUGGGACAGGCUUCUGCGAUACUGCGCUGACAAUGACUCUUAUCAAGGAUGCCCCCUUCCACCACCAGAAUCUCAUUCUUAUUCAGACGAUACCAGAUUCUUCUCCAAGUAUGAUGAAGACCAAGGUGGACCUUCUGGGCAGGACUACAACCAAGAAGCUGCCUACUGCAACUACAACCAAGAAGCUGCCUACUGCAACUACAACCAAGAACCGUCUGACUUCGGUUUGAGGCAUGACACUGGUGCUCAACCUGCUUCUGAGAAUCAAGAGUUAUGGUCUGAGGAGUUGCCUGAAGAUGAUAACCAGCCAUUCAGCAACCCCCAAGCAGAUCUUGAGGAGAUGCCGAAGCAGGAUGUCGAGGAAGGGGCUGCACAGGGAGAUGUGCAGGCCGACCAGUUAUCGACCAAUGACAAUCAGCUCCAGGGUGCAUACAUGGAGAAGUACACCUUCCCUCCUGGUUGGUGCGACGUUUCAAGCAUCCCAGCAACAGGCUGGGGCGACUGA